GUUGCCCCAGGGGGCCCUCGCCCCGCCCGGAUGCGGCCUGGGAAACCGGGCGGGGCCGAACAGGGACGACGCCUUGGGCAGAGCAGCUAACAGAAUGAAGAUGAACUCCAAUGACAGCAGCGAAUCAGAGAAUGAUACUGAGGAAGAGGAGGAGGAGGAAGAAGAGUUUGCAAAUGAACACAUUAAGAGACUGGGUGGAGGAAGUAAAGAUAUGCGGCAGGAUGGCACACUUCAGGAGGGAGCUUUUGAGACAGAGGACACAUGCCUAGGGCACAAGAGUAAACACAGUUCAGGUGGGAAAAGUGAUCUGGCGACGGUCUCACUGAUCGAUCUGGAAGAACAAAUGGCAGAAGACUAUGAAGCAGAGACCACUCCAAGAAAGAAAAAGAGAAAACACAGAGCAGCUAACAGAAUGAAGAUGAACUCCAAUGACAGCAGCGAAUCAGAGAAUGAUACUGAGGAAGAGGAGGAGGAGGAAGAAGAGUUUGCAAAUGAACACAUUAAGAGACUGGGUGGAGGAAGUAAAGAUAUGCGGCAGGAUGGCACACUUCAGGAGGGAGCUUUUGAGACAGAGGACACAUGCCUAGGGCACAAGAGUAAACACAGUUCAGGUGGGAAAAGUGAUCUGGCGACGGUCUCACUGAUCGAUCUGGAAGAACAAAUGGCAGAAGACUAUGAAGCAGAGACCACUCCAAGAAAGAAAAAGAGAAAACACAGAGCAGCUAACAGAAUGAAGAUGAACUCCAAUGACAGCAGCGAAUCAGAGAAUGAUACUGAGGAAGAGGAGGAGGAGGAAGAAGAGUUUGCAAAUGAACACAUUAAGAGACUGGGUGGAGGAAGUAAAGAUAUGCGGCAGGAUGGCACACUUCAGGAGGGAGCUUUUGAGACAGAGGACACAUGCCUAGGGCACAAGAGUAAACACAGUUCAGGUGGGAAAAGUGAUCUGGCGACGGUCUCACUGAUCGAUCUGGAAGAACAAAUGGCAGAAGACUAUGAAGCAGAGACCACUCCAAGAAAGAAAAAGAGAAAACACAGAGCAGCUAACAGAAUGAAGAUGAACUCCAAUGACAGCAGCGACUCAGAGAAUGAUACUGAGAAAGAGGAGGAGGAGGAAGAAGAGUUUGCAAAUGAACACAUUAAGAGACUGGGUGGAGGAAGUAAAGAUAUGCGGCAGGAUGGCACACUUCGAGGAGCUUUUGAGACAGAGGACACAUGCCUAGGGCACAAGAGUAAACACAGUUCAGGUGGGAAAAGUGAUCUGGCGACGGUCUCACUGAUCGAUCUGGAAGAACAAAUGGCAGAAGACUAUGAAGCAGAGACCACUCCAAGAAAGAAAAAGAGAAAACACAGGCUGCUGUCUAUCAACCUGACCAACUGCAAGUAUGAGAGCGUGAGGCGUGCUGCCCGACACUGUGGUCUAAAAGAAGUGGGGGAGGAUGAGGAGUGGACGGUGUACUGGACUGACUGCUCGGUCUCUCUGGAGCGCGUCAUGGAAAUGAAGAGGUUUCAGAAAAUCAACCAUUUCCCGGGGAUGACAGAGAUCUGCCGGAAGGACCUGCUGGCCCGCAACCUCAACCGCAUGCUCAAACUCUUCCCCAAAGAGUACAGCAUCUUCCCCCGCACCUGGUGCCUGCCUGCUGACUAUGGAGAUUUCCAGGCCUACGGGCGCAUGAGGAAAAACAGGACGUACAUCUGCAAGCCAGACAGUGGCUGCCAGGGGAGGGGCAUCUUCAUAACCCGCAACCCAAAGGAGAUUAAACACGGGGAGCACCUGAUCUGCCAGCAGUACAUAUCCAAGCCCUUCCUUAUUGAUGGCUUCAAAUUUGACCUGCGAAUCUACGUCCUGGUCACAUCCUGUGACCCCCUGAAGAUUUUUGUCUAUGAGGAAGGGCUGGCCCGGUUUGCCACCAUGAGGUACAUCGAGCCCAGCAGCAGCAACCUGGAUGAUAUCUGCAUGCACCUAACCAACUAUGCUAUCAACAAACAUAAUGAAAACUUCAUCCGAGACGACAUGAUGGGCAGUAAGAGGAAACUGUCUACCUUGAAUGCCUGGAUGAUGGACAACAGCUGCAACACAACAGAACUCUGGGAAGACAUUGAGGACAUCAUUAUAAAGACCCUUAUCUCAGCCCACCCUGUUCUGAAGCACAACUACCGCACCUGCUUCCCCAACCACAUCACUGGCUGUGCCUGCUUUGAGAUUCUGGGCUUUGACAUCCUGCUAGACAGAAAGCUGAAACCCUGGCUGCUGGAGGUGAAUCACUCGCCCAGUUUCACCACGGACUCGCGCUUGGACCGAGAGGUGAAGGACGCUUUGCUCUGUGACACCAUCAAGCUGAUAAACCUGCGAGCCUGUGACAAGAGGAAGGUGCUGGAAGAGGACAAGCGACGGGUGAAGGAGCGACUCUUCCAGGCCCACCAGCCACCUCGUGAAGCCAGACGUGAGAAGUUAGAGAGCAGCCAGGCGGCCUGGCUGGCCCAAGCGGAGAAGUAUGAGAACACGCACCUGGGAGGGUACCGGCGCAUUUACCCCACGCACGAGACAGACAAGUAUGAGCCAUUCUUCAAGCACAGUGGCUCCCUCUUCCAGGAGACGGUGGCUUCCAAGGCAAGAGAGAAGUGUGCCAGGCAGCAGCUGGAGGAAAUUCGCUUGAAGCAAGAGCAACGAGAGGUUACUACUGGGAAGAAGAAAAAGGAGCGAAAGGAGAACCUGCAGGGAAAGUCCGCUGGGGAGAAAUCCCGCAUCCGCAGCAAGGCCAAGGCUCCUCCCACUCGCCUCACCUACAACAGAGCCAGGACCUGCGACAGGAAGGUGCAGCAGAUGGUGUUUGACUCCAUGCGGCCCCAGGAGAUAGUGGAAGAUGAGGAAGUAGAGAGGAUCAAGGCUCUUCUGCAGCGCGAAAACCUCAUACGGGGUCUGGGCAUCGUGGAUCAGCUCUCUCGGCUGCUUCACACAACUGAGCCCAGGCCUGUGGAUGUCCACAGGCCCCACAUCAAUAUCUCCGAGAGCCAGCCGCGAUUCCUUCAGGACGUGUUUGGGGAACGGGAGACACAGAGUUUAAUGACCCUCGUCCCCCUCUCGCUCCUGGGAGGCACAGUCCGGGAGUUAGGACAGCAGAUCACGCAGCAGCCUGCGGCCAGGGCCCGGAUGCUGGGCAACCAGGGCUUCAUUCCCACCCUCCUGGGUACCCUGUCAGGCAUGGGCCAGAGCAUCCCCUACCCUGCACAAUAUAAGCCACAUCAUGGCCUGCAGCCGCAGAAGAACAUGAGCUGGUUAGGAAACCACGCUCUGGGGACACCGAUGGUCAGCAAGCCCUGUGCUCUGCCAAAAAUACUGAAGGUGGAAGGCCGGAGAUUCUCCAGCGCCAGAAACAAGGUCGAAAGCCAUGCCCAUGCCCCCAGGCAGCCCCUCCACGUGGCCAGUGGUUACGCCGACUCUCUGAGCUACCUGGCUCAUGCUGGCAAGGCUCCAAAUCACACGUUCCCCUCAGUGACAGACUCCCUCAGCCGUGCUGCAGCCCAUGAGCUAGCCAUCAACUCUGCCUCUGCUCCCAUCGUCCAGCGCUCAGACACCUCACACCGUGCCAAUGCCAUGUCCAUUCUCCACUUCAACCACCACAGGAAAUGGACCUGAACCUUGGCCAAACAGUCUCUGGGGAAGAAAGGGACAAUGGCCUUGGGAAUCCUGCAGCCACAGGUGAUGGCUGUGCCAAAAGACUUGCUUUCUUGUGCGUGGAAGGGAGAAAAACCUCCAAGGGGCCAGGCAGAGGGGGAGACAAGGGAGACAGUGACCCCAGGCCUGCUGUGGUGACCUGGCGGCUAGCGAUGAGGACACCAGUGUCUGCUGCAGAUAAGGAGCCUUCUCAGUGAGGGCUGAACACUUCAGACACUAUUUAGUGAGCGCUCUAGAGUCACAUCUCCACUGGACAGAGCUGUUUUCCAACAAUGCUGCGCAAAGGAUUUUGUUAAUAGUAUUUGGCAGCAUCCUCUCCAGCCAACUUUGUCCUGUAGCUGGGAUCCCCAGCCUGUAACUGCAGCCUCUCCCCCACACCUACUGAUCAACUGCAACAGGAGGGCAGGGCUUGUUUCCUUCAGGGCUGCAAGAGUUUGUUCUUUUGUAUCUGUCUUAGUAAAGGUUUAUAUGGUUUUACAAUUCCCUGUCAGUCUGUCCUUCUGCCUGUGACCCCUGCAGCAUUGCAGCAGAUGGAGACUGGUUUUCCCUAGCAAGCCCUGGCUCUGGGAGGUGCUGUCUGAUUCCUCCCUCAUGGGCCUAGAGCCCACAGACCUUAGCAAAGGAACCUGCUGGCCUAUAUGUUGUUCAGGGCUCUCACAGUGCCUAGCUGCAGGAAGCAGCAUAUGAGGAUCAAAACAAAGCAGUUGCUUGUUCUACUAAAUCCUUUCAUUCCCUCCUGGGGCGAGGGGCCGAGUGAGCACGUAGCAACAGGCACUCAGUGAGUUCACAGGAACUGACAAAUAUCAGACUGGCUCAGACCCACAAUCCAGCUAGUCCAGGAUCCUGUUUCCAAGAGUGACUAGUACCAGAUGCUUGAGAAGGUGAAGAACCCCUCAGGAGGCAGAUGUAGGGUAAUCUGUCCCAUCUAAGUUUUAGUCCAAUCCCUGGUCAUGAAAGGUUGUUUUAAACUAUGAAGCACAAGGUUUAAUUUCCCUGCCAAAAUAGUUGUUAAUGAUAAUAGGAUAUUCUGAUCAGCGGUUGUGUGAAAAGUGUUUCCUUUGAUUGGCUUUGAACUGCCCACCCUGCAAUGUCAUCGUGUCCCCAUUUUGUGACCAGAUGCUGUCGAUCUCCCUGCCCUAAACCAGUACCUACUUUAUAGACCUUUAUCACGUCCCCUUUUAUGGGCUUCCUCUCUGGGGCAAGAAUCUGUCUUCACAGGAGAGUUUCUCCAGGCCCCUAACUGUUCCUGUGACACUUUUGGGAGCCUCUCUCGUCCUGCCAGCUCCCUGCUGACAGGGGUGGGGUGACCCCUGCUGGCACAAGAUCCAAGUGAGGCUACCUUGUUCAUUUGUACAAUGGCACCUAAUAUUUCGUAUGCUCUUUGCCUGCGCCUGCACACCGAGCCUAGCUGUGCACACUGAUGCCUCGGUCCCCUUCCCUAUAGGCCACCUUCAUGGUGUUUCCCCUCGCUCGCAACACCUUGCCCCCUCUCAUAGCGCCCUCCAUCUCUCCUGCAGCGCUCUGCCCCAGCACCCCCACAUCUCCGCUGCAGGGCUCUGCCUCAGCACCCCCAGAUCUCCCCUGUAGCACCCUGCCACACCUGCCCCAGCACCCCCAGAUCUCCCCUGCCCCACCUCCCCCA